AUGUCCGGCUCUGAGGCACUCACUCACUCACCGGAUCGGUUUAUCUUCUUACCAUUCCGCCUCGGCGAGAAGGACAUCCCGGACUGGUCGCUUUGCUCGCGCUACAUCGCCACGAACCAUGCGAGCAACAAUACAACCACCGUCGAUGACGCCAUCAAGUCUAUGGCGGCGUACCACAACACCAUUGUGAAGGCAUGCACCCUUUCUGACUCGAAGCAGACGCCGAACGAAAGUUUUAUUAAUCACACGCUGCUGCGCUACUGCCGCCUGGUGGCGCAAGCGCAGGCCCAUCUGCCACUACACAGCGGACACGUGAGCAAAAACCUAAAAUUUGUCUGGUAUGACAGCUUCGAUGACGGAACCAAGUAUGAGAGUACGAAUUCAAACUCGGAGCUGGUGAGCUGCGUGUACAACCUAGCCGCCUCGUACGCGUACGUGGCGGUGACGCAGGCCCACACAGGGUCUAUGGAGGAAGUGAAGAGUGCGUACAAGCACUUUCAGAACGCGGCCGGUUACUACGAGAUGGUCACCUCGAUGUUGGACCGCCUGCCGCCAGACCAGCUGACCAAGGGUGACAUGAAGCGAGACUCGCUGGCAAUGCUCACUCGGCUGUGUCUCGCUCAGGCUCACCACUGCGGGUACCUCAAGGCGGAGGAGACGAUGAAGGGAAAGCACGAUGUACUGUCCAAGAUUACGGUGGAGGCGGCGAAGCAAUACGAGGACGUUCUCUCAUCCUUCAAGAACUCGGUAUGGCUGAAGAAGAGGGCGGCUAACGCAAAGGACGUCGAGGCCCACCUCGGAGCCAACGUCUGCAUCUUCAAGGCGCGCGCACACCUUCACCUCGGCAUCAAGAGCGAGGAAGAGGGCGAGAUGGGUGAGGCCAUCGCGCACUACCGAAAGGCAAAGGAGCACCUAAUGAAGCUGCCUCGCAUGACGACGCAAUCGCUGACGGUGUGGGUCAACAGCAUUGUCACCAGCGCCAACACAGUCGAGGAGAAGGCCGAGAAGGCAAAUGCGUCUGUCUACUUUGCCCGCAUCCCGAAAGAUGUUCCGCAGCCAGAGGGGCUGCCGCGCUCGCUCGGCACCGCGACGGUGCACCCAGGCUUUGUGCGGUUUGUGUCAACACGCGAAGAGGACCCCUUUUUCGGAAUCAUUUCCGCGCACAUCGCGAAGACAGUGAGCGCCUGGCGCGAGAAGCAGCGCAACCUCGUUCAUGUCUGCACCACCGCCGCCGCCAACACGCGCAAGAGCACACAGACAAAGCUACAGACACUGGGGGUAGUGGCGGCCAUACAGGCCAUGUCCGGCGAGUUCCAGGGCCGCAACCGCGUGCCGGAGCCGCUGCGCUCAAACAUUCUGAAGCUGCGCGAGGAGAACAAGACCCCGAGCGGUGCAACUUGCAGCGUGACCGACAUUCUCAUGAGCAGCGUGAGUGCGUGCAGUGAACUGUACCAGGCCGCCGAGAACAAGCUGAAGGAAGUGAGCGCGGAGCUGGAAAAGGACAGGGAGACAGAUGGGCACUAUGUGGAAGCUUACGGAGAGAAGAUGUGGCGUGCCGUGCACCCCGUCUCCAACCAGACCCCGGACUACUGCACCAUCUCGGCGGCCAUCAGUGAGCACGAGAAGGGUCUGCAGCGGUGGCUCGUGAAGCCGUUCAACGAGGCGAAGAUGAUGAUGGAGGAACACAUAAGGAACAUCGCCCGUCUGGAUUGGCCGAUUGCAGAUUUGGACGCGCUGAUGCCGUUUGUGGAAACCAAGGAGGCACGCCAGCAGUCAGGCAGGGUCAUGGCGCUAGUGGAGAAGCUGAAGGAGUUAGUGGAGACGAGGGCACGCAUCGAGAAUGAGCAAGCAGAGGAAGAGAAGGUCCUGCAAGACAAGCUAGAGUCCGACGACUUGGUCUUCAGCAUUUCCUCUGUCGAGUCAACGCAGCGUGACGCGAUACUGACGAAGGCUUCCAAGGACAUCUCGGACGCGAUCGAGAAGGUGAACGAGAAGGUGCGGCAGGAGCGGGAACUCGUGCCCCAGGCCGAGGAGCUGAUGGAGCAGAUUGGCACUUUGCAGAGUACUGACCCUCUUGCUGUGGAAAUACAGAAGGUAUCUAACGGGCUCGAAAACGCCUGCUCCAUCUAUCAAGACCUCAAGAAGGACUUUGCUUGCGUUGUGCAGUACGGCACCAAGGCCAUAGACGAGAUUGAGGCCACUCUCAGAGAAGCCAAGUCCUACACAACGAGUCGCGAGCUUCAGGCACGGGAGGUGCAGAGUCGUCUGGAUGCGCAGAUUGCGGCGAAGAUGAGCCAGAUGCAGGACGUGGAGAGCCAAAUCGCCGAAUCACGGCGGCGUCAAGAAAUGCUGCAGCAGCAGAUUGCCUCGCUGCAACAACAGACGCAGCAGCAGCCCGCAUACCAGUACCCACCGCCGUCCCUUCAGCAGCUACCACAGCAGCAGUACCCGCCGCCACAGCAGCAGCAGUACCCGCAGCACAGUCAACCAAAUACCCCCGGCGCCGUCCGUGCCAUAUCAGUACCCUCCCCUGUCUAUUCAGCAGGAGUCGCCUGCUCCGCCGUCGUACGAUCAACUCAGCAGUACAGCUCCAAUGCCGUCGGUGCAGCCACCACCCCCACAGCAGAUGAGUGCGUACCCGUAUCCAGUGCCACCGCUGCAGCAGCCUGUAAACUCUGCCUACCCCUCCUACAAACCGCCAUACUCACUGUAGACAACGUACGCACAUGGAUCCCCUCAACCUUGCCUCAAGUGUGCAUGCGUGAACACGCUCUGUCCACAUGGCCCUUCGUACCUGAUUCGCCUUGCGCAUCGACAUCUAUUUUGCCAUUGUACUUUAUGUUCGUGUUGCACGCAGCCCUGAUGACGGCUGGCCACCCCAACGCGUGUGGUAUCCGGCCCAGUGCCCACUCUGUGGGGAAGACAGACACGCAGUCUACAGCCUGCCCUCGGGUAUGCGGCCACGUGGGCACUUGGUGUCGAUGGACACGUCUGGCCUGGCGCUGUGCGGACGAGACGUGUGGUCAGGGUAGCAUUCGUACCAGCUCACCACGCCUCGCGUCGACGGCAUAA